AAUGCUCCAUAGAGCCAGAUAUGCAGCAGCGCGUGAGACUUUUUAACCAUCUCUCACAAAGAAGGAUUGAAUACCUCUCUGAUUACUACAUUUAAAGCGAUUUGUGUUUAAAGAAAUGAACGAGAAAGCUCCUGGCUUCCAGGAUCUACGAAUCUUUUAUUUAAAACAUUUAAAACUGCGAUAAAUGUUUCAAUGAUUCUCUACGGUGCAGGACAUAUCCCACUGGGUUCAUCUGCAGAAUCGCCUUCCUGUGAAGCGUGUGCCCUGGAUUACAUGAAACUGGGAUACGAAACUGGCGUUUUGCUUAUACAAUUGAUUUGUAAAACAUUUUCGCUAGAGCUAAAGGAAUGGGCAUUCCACGGGAAGUCAUUUGCAUAACGUUACAUUUCAAUUACAAAUACAACCGAACAUAUUGAUCGGAUCGUUUCAGCUGUUACUUCACGCAUGCCAACCCACGGGGACUUCAAUUGUGAAAUUGAGCAGUUAUAAAAGUAGUAUUCUAUUCGCUUAUAGUAUUGAUAACAAUCUAGAUAUAACAGUAAAUUGUUUUCUGUGUGUUACAUUUUGCAUGAACUAUAACCUACAAUUGGAACUUUCGCGAGUGCCUUUAGAGGGAGCGAUACGAUGAGAAAGUGUUUCUCAGAUAUAACAAAAAACUUUCAUUCUUAAUCAGAAACCACAUGACAGGAACCGCUCAUAUUUUUUCUGAAAUGCGAUGAUCAUUAAAAUGGACCAGGGAAAUAUAAUAGUGCUGGACAGUGUUGCUGGCAGAGACAUUACGAGUUACUUGUACUAAUGUCAUGAACAGCACCUUUCCUUUAUCAUGGAUGAUAAAUCCAAUAAGCUGAUCUUGGUUCCAAUUUUAGCUGUUCUUUUUGUGAUGAUAGGUUAUCAGUAUAUUUGCCCAGCUGGCAGUAACUCGUGCCACUUCAGGGCUGGGGAGAAUUCAAAAGGGAACAACCGUCCAUCGGCGCAAUUUUCGCCAAGCGAGGACUUCUAUCGAGAUCAAGAACUGGAAGAUGACUUCCCUCCUAAACUGGCGUCUAAAUUUAACUUCACAGAAAGAGACUUGGAGCGGCACGUGGAUUUCAACAUCAGAGGAAACGAUGUGAUCGUAUUUCUGCACAUUCAAAAGACGGGAGGAACAACCUUUGGAAGACACCUGGUUCGGAAUAUUCGCUUGGAACAGCCCUGUGACUGUCAGCCAGGGCAGAAGAAGUGCACGUGCCACCGACCAGGUAAAGAGGAGUCCUGGCUGUUCUCGAGAUUCUCAACCGGCUGGAGCUGCGGAUUGCAUGCUGAUUGGACCGAGCUCACCAACUGUGUUCCUGCCAUCAUGGACAAGAGAGAAGCCCAGAGGAACCGGAGGAACUUCUACUACAUCACCAUGCUGCGGGACCCCGUGUCGCGGUACCUGAGCGAGUGGAAGCACGUGCAGCGCGGGGCCACCUGGAAGACCUCGCUGCACAUGUGCGACGGGCGCUCUCCCACGCAGGACGAGCUGCCCACCUGCUACAGCGGCGACGACUGGGCCGGCGUCACCCUGCCCGAGUUCAUGGACUGCCCGUCCAACCUGGCCAACAACCGGCAGGUGCGCAUGCUGGCCGACCUCAGCCUGGUGGGCUGCUACAACCUGUCCUCCAUGAACGAGAGCGACCGCAACCACAUCCUGCUGAGCAGCGCCAAGAGCAACCUGCGCAACAUGGCCUUCUACGGCCUGACCGAGUUCCAGCGCAAGACGCAGUACCUGUUCGAGCGCACCUUCAGCCUGCGCUUCAUCGCCGCCUUCACGCAGAUCAACAGCACGCGCGCCGCCAACGUGGACAUCAGCGAGGACACGCGCCGCCACAUCGAGGAGCUCAACUUCCUGGACGUGCAGCUCUACGACUACGCCAAGGACCUGUUCCUCCAGCGCUUCCAGUUCACCCGGCAGCGGGAGCGGCAGGAGGAGCGGCUGAAGAGGCGCGAGGAGCGCCGCUGGCUGAGGGAGCAGCGGGCCUUCCUGUCCAAGCGUCGGCAGGAGGAGGACGCCGCCGUCGCCACCACCGAGGACUAUGCCAGCCAGGUGGUACGCUGGUGAUGUCACCGGCCCGCCUCGCCGCCCAUUGGAGACGGACGCUACACCGGUCUGGUCUCUCUCUAUCCUCUCUGCCCCUCUGCCCACUUCUCUCCCUCGCUCUCUCUGUCUGUCUCUGGCUAUCUAUCUGUAUAUCUCUCCCUCCCACUCUCCGUCCUCCUCUCUGCUUCAGUGUGAGCUGAUCUCUUGCAUUUUCAUUCCUGAGAUUUUCAUUCCGAGCCUGUGGCUCUCACAGCAUCUCUGCCUUGGAGUAUCCUUCAGUGUCUUACAUUUACGGAUGGAUUUAUUUAUUUAUUUAUUUAUUGAUUUUUUCCCAUAUUUGUCUUCGCACGUUUGCUCCUGAUAUCUGCCAUGCCCGGUUAUUCAUAAUCAUAGCGAUUGUAACGCCCGUUGACAGCGAAAGAGCCGUGAAGGUGGCAUGACCAAGAGAAGAUGGCGGUAUUGAUUUUUACAGAGCUUUCAGAGAUUGAGUCUGGACCCCAGUCAUCGCUCUGGCAGUCUUUGUGACAGGUUCAUAUCGGCUCAAUACACGACUAUAUAACAAAGCAGUGUUUGGCACUCGUGACUCGUGACAUGUUUGUAAAAGAAAAAGCUAAAGAAUGAGCGGAAUGGCCAACUUAACGAUGACUGACAAAUUGGAAUCCAUUUUUUCAGUCAUGACAGACAGCAAGUUGGCAGUAGACAUAAGUAUCUAUUCUCCAUAAGUUUUGUAUUGUCAUUCUGAGCUCUUUCUAAUGUAUCAAUGCAUAUAAUUUUACAGCUGCAUAUAAUGCAGCACAAUGAACACAGCUAUUUGUUUAGCUGAGUAGGACUAAUUUAAAAAAGGUUAAACACUAAUGGCAUGCUGUGCAAAAGUUUUUUCUACUCUAGCACUCUACCAAAAUAUAGAUUGAUGUUAAAAUAGCACUGACUGACAUUUUGCCGCACUGAGCUUCAUGCAAUAAAAAUCAGUCACCCAUUAUUAUUAUUAUUAUUAUUAUUAUUAUUACUAUUAUUAUUAUUAUUGAUGAUGAUGAUGAUGAUUAUUCAUAAUAAUAAUAAUCAUAGUUUCUAAACCAUUUCCAUUCUUCAACAAUGCAGACUUGCAGAGCAUUUGGUGUCAGGCUGCAUGGACAAAAGCAAUUGUUUAUAACACCUUGCCAUUUAUAUAAGCCUGCUUCUCUUGUCUUUAUUCCAUGUGCUUCCUUUAAAUGUCAGGAUCUGUUUAAUUUCACAACGUAUUCUCACAACCCAGGAAACCUUCUAAAUGAGGGAGGGGGAGUGCAGCGUCGGUGGGAAUUCUGAAUCAAAUGGGACAGUUUAAGAUCCUCUGCUCUGGCCCCCACGCACUACUCGUCUCCUUUUACCGGCCACCAUCCGCAUGAGCUGAAGUGUGAAGUCAAUUAAGGACGCGCGAGGAACCGAACCAUGGCUCACCGGAGCCGAGAGGGGCACUCGAAUUUACAUUCCGCCCGGCGCGAAUAUCUCACAGCACAACUUUCCACACGUCCAACAAAAAAGCUCUCUCAAAAAAAAUUACCGAAAGCGCCGAGAGCUAAGGAAUUUUUUUUUUUUCGUUUUAUGUUUGUUUCGGUUUAGUAAACGUUUCGUACAUAUGAAUAAUUUAUUUGCGGGAAAUGGGACAGCGUGGUACAGUAUGUGUGUGCACAAGCAGGCUUUGAAUGGCGAUAUCAGCAUUCCUCGCCCAUCCAUAACUUGGUCACACUCUGUGCUUCUACACAUUUCUGUUGCUCCAGCUGAAGAAAUGGCUGGCUGUGUGAGAGAUUCUAAUUCCAGCGGAAUGCCCACGAGAGAAGCACAGCAUUGCCAUUACAACAUUCUCAAAGAACAGGCUGUAUAGUAUGGCUAUAUAUAGGCACCAGCAGGGCUCUGUGACAAAGCCUUUGAUUGGAUGCACCAAGAAUUUAUAAAUUUGCGGCAAGAGUGUUGGUUACUUGUAUUUGGACAUGUUAACGGAAUGAAUUGCUUUUCCAUUAGUAUUCCAAGUAUUCUCAAGUACAUUUUCACUACUUUCAAGUUUACAAUUAAUUCCACAUUGCCAGUUCAUGUAUUAAUUAAAGUUCAAUGAUAAUUAUGUAUGAGAUAAAGCACUUACUCAUUUCCAGAGAGUAAUAUACGUUUCUAAGAUUGGCUGUAAAACAAUGUAAAGUUUACAUAAGGAAAAUAGGCCUAUGUCAUCUCAGAAAUACAGCCAUUGUGAAUCUCUAAGAGACAGAAAGCACCAUUGAAGCCCACUUUAAAGGAGCACAGAACAAGGUUGAGGAACGGGCAGAGGACUGUGGCUUCCAUGUGACUAUAAAUUCUAUAUUAUAUUAUAGUGAUAUUUAUUUGCCUUUUAAUUUAUUUAAGUGCUAUUUGUCUGCUUUUGUAUAUUUGAAGCUUUAAAUACUGCAGGUAUUCUGGUGACAUUCUGGAGAAAAUUUGUAAUCAACAGUUUGUUGUUGUUUGCUGUUGUUUUAAUUUGUUCAUUUCACACACCUUAGUCAUAUUGCCAAAUUAGAAAGACAAAGCUAUUUUAAAAAGGGAAAGACAAAGUUAUUCAUUCAAAAUGAUUCAUAAUGAAAAUUAAGUAUUUUGUUUUUUAUCAAUAUUAGAGGAGAUCACAGUUUUUUUUUUUUUUUGUUUUUUUUUUUUACAAAUUGUACUUCACCUUGAUUAUCAGUUAUAAUUAUUUUGUUAAAUUAUUUGGAAUGAAAACCUCAUACUUUGCUGUAUUAUUUUCUGGCAAUCCAGUGCCAUUUUCCUUCGCAGAGGUACUGUAUAAAGCACUGACUGUGGAAGCAUAUGUUUUCACCUGAAACCUG